CUUGUAACCGCGUCUGAGCGUGAAACGAACCGUGCGGUUCGUGAGCUCGGUUUCCAAACACGCGUAGAAGAAUCCGCCCCCGACAUACCCUGAGCAACGGCCAACCGUCUGGUUCGCGCAGUGUGAUUGCGCGCUGGAUUCGCAAUUUCGAACUGGUCCGAUUGCCCAGUUUAAUUCAGACGGCACGGUACUGUGCGAGCGGCAAGGCGCAGCAGAGUCGCUCCGUCUGAGCAGCACGGUUCCAUGUAAAAACUGAAGAAGAAAAAUACGAAGAAUUCGUGAUAACAGCUUGAUUGUCUUCAAAAGAGCUGCUAUGAAUUUGGACACAGAGUACCCACGUAUUCGCCAGUAGCCUAUCGAUAGGGAAUAAUCAGGCCAGCAGUUGACGGGACUGGUGUUGCUGGCACCUUAUAAACAACCAGAUGACGGCACGAGCACUCAUAGCAAGUUGACAAACUGCGUGCGUGACAGACACUAAGGAAACAAGUUUGACAUUAAGGCUGUCAUCCCAAUUUGUAGACGGACCAGCAACGGGCUUGUUGUAGCAGCAUGUUCGUCAGAACGGCGUUGGUGUUUAAUUGACUGGGACCGGGAAGACAUAACUCGGCAUCGCUAAGGUUUUCGACAUGCCAGAGAAUGUUACGUUCCUCAGGAACCGCACCACGGAUCUGGAGCACAGCCGCGCGCUGGGUCCGGGAGCGCGUCCCGCAUGGGUUAUCACGGUGCUGGCCACCGUGCUGAUAUUCACCACGGUGGUGGACGUCCUGGGGAAUUUACUAGUCAUCAUCUCGGUGUUUAGAAACCGGAAACUUAGAAAUGCAGGGAACGUGUUUGUGGUGAGCCUGGCGUUUGCUGAUCUGGUGGUGGCCUUCUACCCCUAUCCUCUGGUGCUCUACGCCCUCUUCCAUGACGGCUGGUCGCUGGGAGAGACUCAGUGCAAGGUGAGUGGUUUCCUGAUGGGUCUGAGUGUGAUAGGAUCCAUCUUCAACAUCACCGGCAUCGCCCUCAACCGCUACUGUUACAUCUGUCACAGCUUUACCUAUGACAAGCUGUACAGCUACCGCAACACCCUGCUGCUGGUGGCGCUCAUCUGGGCUCUCACCCUGGUCGCCAUCGUGCCCAACUUCUUUGUGGGCUCGCUGCAGUACGACCCGCGUGUCUACAGCUGCACCUUCGCUCAGGACGUGAGCGCGUCCUACACCAUCACCGUGGUCGUCGUCCACUUCUUCGUGCCCAUCGCCGUGGUGACGUUCUGCUACCUGCGGAUCUGGAUCUUAGUGAUCCAGGUGAGGCGGAGGGUGAAGUCAGAGGUGCGCCCUCGCGUCAAGCCCAGCGAUGUCAGGAACUUUGUCACCAUGUUCGUGGUGUUCGUGCUGUUCGCCAUCUGCUGGGCACCGCUUAACUUCAUCGGGCUGGCGGUCGCCAUCGACCCCGUAACCGUGGCGCCGCGUAUCCCGGAGUGGCUGUUCGUGGUCAGCUACUUCAUGGCGUACUUCAACAGCUGCCUUAACGCCAUCAUCUACGGCCUGCUCAACCAGAACUUCCGCAAGGAAUACAAACGCAUCGUGACGUCCAUGUGGAAGCCACGCCUGUUCUUCCAGGAGACGUCUCGGGGGGGGACAGAGGCCGUGAAGAGCAAGCCCUCGCCUGGACUCAACAACAACGAGCAGGCUAAGGCUGAAACCUUGUGAAGGUCCAGGCUUUCUCCUCACCUCCACUGACCCUCCCCUGACCCUCCCCUCUUUACCUGCCCCUUUUGCACCUCCUCCUCACUUUACCUUACCCUGCUACCCUCCUCACUUUACCUCACCCUACUCCCCUUCUCUUCUCACCUGCCCCAACUCACCCUCAUCUUGCACCCUGACUAUCCUCCUCUCCUCCCCCUCCUCUC